AUGGAGGAAAAGCGCGACGUAGAGAAGAUGCCGAGCGAGCACACGCCGCUCAUCCAGAGCGUGCCUGUUGCGGACCAGCGUGAACGGUAUCCGCAUACGAGGCUUCGCCGGUAUUGUACGAUUGCCCUGACGACCGUCCCAAUCCUGAUCAUCGCCCUUAUCUUCCUCGGCCUCGCUAUCGGUGGAGGCGCUGGGUUCUUUGGAGGUCGCGAGACUGAAUACACAACACAAAGCUUGGUGGAUGAGAUACCUCACUCAGCAUGGCCAGAGUCGGAGGGCAUCACGUAUGACGAGCUCAAAAAGACACUGCUCAGUACACCAGAUGGAAAGAAAGCAAGAGAAUGGAGCAAGUACUACACGGCUGGACCGCAUCUUGCUGGCAAGAACCUGAGCCAGGCGGAGUGGACAAGAGACAAGUGGACGGAGUUUGGAGUCCACCAGGCUGAAGUCGUGGCUUAUGAUGUCUACAUCAACUACCCGCUCGAUGCAGGAUUGUUGCUGUUGAAAGACGGCGAGGUCUCGUUCAAGGCAACAUUAGAAGAGGACAUUCUGGACGAGGAUCCCACAACAAGCUUGCCAGACAGGAUCCCCGUGUUCCAUGGAUACUCUGCCAAUGGCAACGCAACGGGCUCUCUUGUUUACGCCAAUUACGGCACGUUCAAGGACUACGAAGACCUGGUCAACGCCGGCAUUGAUCUCAAGGGCAAGAUCAUUCUCGUCAAGUACGGAGGCAUCUUCAGAGGCUUGAAGGUCAAGCGAGCUUCUGAGCUCGGUGCGAUUGGUGUCGUCAUGUACAGCGAUCCAGGUGAUGAUGGAGAGAUCACUGAAGAGAAUGGCUACGAAACAUACCCUGAUGGACCUGCGAGAAACCCCAGCAGUGUCCAAAGAGGUAGCUGCCAGUAUCUCUCGUUCGCCCCAGGAGACCCGACCACCAUCGGCUACCCCUCGAAGCCCGGCGCUCCUCGUCAAUCUGUUGAUGGAAAGAUCCCUGACAUCCCAUCGGUUCCAAUCUCGUACAAGGAAGCAUUGCCUCUUCUGAAGGCUUUGAAUGGCCAUGGUCCCAAUGUGUCCUCAUUCGGAGAUGACUGGCAGACUGGCGGGCUGCAAUACAAGGGCAUUGACUACAACAUUGGUCCUACUCCAGAUUCGGUCACUGUCAACUUGUUCAACAAGCAAGAGUACGUUACAACCCCUCUUUGGGAUACCAUUGGCGUCAUCAACGGCACGAUCUCCGACGAAGUCAUCGUCGUUGGCAACCAUCGUGAUGCGUGGAUUGCUGGUGGUGCUGGCGAUCCCAACUCUGGCUCUGCUGCUCUGAACGAAGUCAUUCGCUCCUUUGGAAAGGCGCUCAAGGCAGGCUGGAAGCCUCACCGCACGAUUGUGUUUGCCUCGUGGGAUGGUGAGGAAUACGGUUUGGUUGGCAGCACUGAGUGGGUUGAGGAUUACCUGCCAUGGCUCUCGGGCUCCACAAUCGCCUACAUCAACGUUGACGUCGGUGCUCGUGGACCACACUUUACGACAUCUGCCGCACCAGUCUUGAACAAGGCCAUCUACGAGGUCACCAGCCAAGUUCCUUCGCCUAACCAGACCGUCCCAGGCCAGACUGUCCGCGACCUCUGGAGUGGCCAUAUCAGCACUAUGGGCUCUGGCAGCGACUUCACUGCCUUCCAAGAUUUCGCAGGCAUCAGCUCAAUCGAUGUCGGCUUUGGUGCUGGACCCAAGGAUCCAAUCUACCAUUACCACUCCAACUACGACAGCUUCUACUGGAUGGACACAUAUGGAGAUCCAGGCUUUGAAUACCACAUCACGAUCGCAAAAAUCAUCUCGCUGCUAGCUGCCAAGCUGGUGGAGGAGCCAAUCGUCCAGUUCAAUGCCACCGAUUAUGCGUACGGUCUGGAGAAGUACUUGGAGAGUGUCAAAUCUGCAGCCGCAGAGUCUACUCUCUCAGCCGAUGUUCCUGCCGACCCAUUUAAGAAGAUCGAAGAAGCCAUCUCCUACUUCCAGGAAGUGUCCAUCGAGUUUGACGCCAAGGCUGAGAAGCUAGAGCAGUUGCUGAACAGCGACGUGUCGGUCAAGACCAAAUCGAAGUUGUACAAGGCUAUUCGUGGCUUGAACACCAAGUACAAGUUCCUUGAGCGACAAUUCCUUCAUGGCGCGGGCCUGGACAGCCGCACUUGGUUCAAGCAUGUCGUCUUUGCUCCAGGACGAUGGACGGGCUAUGCUGGCGCUACCUUCCCUGGUCUUGUUGAGGCUUUGGAGGAUCACGAUGGUGAGGCCGUAAAGAAGUGGGUCGGUAUCAUCACUGGCAGAAUUUACAGCGCUGGGAAGCUGUUGCUUGAGAAGUAG